UGCAAAAUGAUCACCAUAGUAAGUCUAGUUAACAUCUGACACCAUGCCUAGUUAAAUUUUUUUCUCAUGAUGAGAACUUUUAGUUUACUCUCAGCAACUUUCAAAUAUGCAAGGCAGUAUUAUUAACUAGAGUCACCAUACAGUACCUUACAUUCCCAUGAAUUAUUUUGUAACUGGAAAUUUGUACUUUCUGACCAUUUCACCCAUUUCAUCCCCUCCCCCCACCAUCACCUCUGGCAACCAUCAGUCUGUUCUCUGCAUCUAUAAGCUAUUUAUUUAUUUAUUUAUUUAUUUUUAAAGACUCCACAUGUAAGUGAGAGCAUAUGGUAUUUGUCUUUCUGAGAUUUAUCACCAUGUAGCGUAAUGGUCCAUCCAUGUUGUUGCAAAUAGCAAGGUUUCCUCUUUUUGUGACUGAAUAAUAAUAAUAAUAUUGUGUGAUUCUAUGUUCUUUUCCAUUCAUCCUUUGGUAGACACUUAGGUUGCUUCCAUGGCUUUUGUAAAUAAGGCUGCAGUGAACAUGGGGUGCAUGUAUUUUUUCAAAUUAGUGUUUUUGUUCCACCCAGAAAUGGAAUUGCUGGAUCAUAUGGUAAUUACAUUUUUAAUUUUUUGAGGAACCUCCAUACUGUUUUCCACAAUAGCUGUAGUAAUUUACAUUCCUUCCAAGAGUGCACAAGGGUUUCCUUUUCUUUCCACAUCCUCACCAGCACUCGUUAUUUGUCUUUUUGAUAAUAGCUAAUCUGACAGGUGUGAGGUAAGAUCUGUGUGGUUUUGAUUUGCAUUUUGAUGCAGGUCUUUUAUAUUUUAUGUCCCUUUACCUGCUUAACUUUCUGAACAUAUGUAAUGGAAUUAUAAUUACUGUUUUAAUAUCCUUAUCUCCUAGUUCUGACAUCUGCAAGCUGGGGGUCAGUUUUAAUUAGUUAAUUACUGUUCUCAUUAUUGAUCAUAUUUUCCUGCUUUUUUGCAUGCCUGGUAGCUUUUGAUUGGAUGCCAGACAUAAAUUUGACCUUGUUGAGUGCUGGAUAUUUUAGUAUUCCUCUAAAUAUUCAUGAGUUUGUUCUAGGGUACAGUUAAGUUAGCUGAGCAUGGUUUGAUCCUGGCUUUUAAGGUUUGUUAGACGAGAGCAGAGCUGUAUUUACUGUAGGAUUAAUUUUGCCCCACUACUUUUGUGUACUCUCCCCAGUGCUCUGUGAAUUGUGAGGUUUUCCAGUCUAGCGGGUGGGAACAGGUACGCUUCCCAGCUCUGUGUGAGGGUUGGGUACUGUUGUCUCUGAUCCUUUUGGGCGGUUCUUUGCCUAGCUUUGGGAACUUACUCACAUGUAAAUGCUGACCAGUGUACUCGAUGGGGGUUACUCGGCAGGUCUCUGGAGUCCUCUCACUGCAGCUUGCCCAUCUGUACUAUUCUGUCCCACAGACUCUAGCUUUCUUGGUCUCUCUGUACCCUUAGUACCGUCUCCUCAAUUUGAGGAGUGCUGGGGUCUGCCUGCUUCCUUCUGCCUCCCUGAGCCCCAGGGCAGGCAUUCCCUCAGGUGGUAAGCUGGAGCACUUGUAACGCUCUCCUGUUUAUUUCUCUUCCUGUUUCUCAGGGAUCCCUAUCCUUGGUUGCCUGCUAACUAGUCUCCUGAAACUGGUUCACAUUUUUGGCCAUUUUUGGGUUGUUUCACUAGGGAGGGUAAAUCUGGUCCCUCUUACUCCAGCUUAGCCAGAAGCAGAAUUCUCAGAGAAGGUUUUUGAAUUGCUGAAUGAAUCUGUGCAUCUCUUUGCGGAUAUUCUUUGAGACCUUAUACAAAGGUGCAUACCUUAGGAAGCUCCCAGACCCCUCCCCAACUUGAAAGCCAGUUGGUUUUUCACACUUCGGUGACAUGCUGUUGGCAUGGCUGAGGGUUUUCCAGCCACAUGGCGAGCUUGUCUGAGUACAGUUGGGCUCAUUGGUUCUCCCUGGUCAGUGCCUGGCACUGAGUCUGGCUGCUCUGGUUGGGUUAAUGGGAGUUGGAGGCAGGAGUCACUGUUACAGAGGUGAGUGGAGAUUCCUCCCUGGAUGUAUGAGACUUCCCCAGAGUCUUCCCUUCUCAGAGCAUUUUGCCCAAGCCCUAUCUAGUGGCUCCAGAGUGGGAGGAACGUCCUCCUUUGCCCUGCUGCUGCCCCGGCCCUGUGGGGUGCACCUCCUGGCACUCCCAAGGGCUGCAGGCAGGAGAGGCCACCUCAGGCUGGAUAUGCUGUAUGGGUGGGGCAGUGUUCUCAGGCCAGGAGGCACAGCAACUCCUGAGGUAUCAUGGGGAGGGUAAGGCCCCAUCUGAGUAGCAGCCAGAAGACUUCACUCAGAGACCUGGCUCUGCUGCUUAUUGGCUUGUGUGCUGUUGGGCAUUCCACUGCCUCUCUGUGCCUCAGCUUGGUCCUCCGUUAAGAGGGGAUGGUAACCUUUGUCCUGCUGGGCUCACAGGGCUGUUGUAAUGUGUGCAAGGAUGCUUUGCUAUGGUAGAAUCUUCUAUAAAAGCAUCAUUAUUUUGUUGGAUAUUCUCAUCAAACAAAUGAAAUUGUUAAGGUGUUUGUGUUCUGUUUUCCUCAUUGGAUGUCUGCACUGGAAUGUUUUUGCUUAUAAUCCACACGGCAAGAGAGCAGGUAUCACAUGAAGAUAUGGAUUGGUCCACAUUGUAUUUGACAUUCAUUAAUCUGGUACCUCCUGGUGACCUCCUUCAUGAUCUGGAGAAUGAGGAGAGCGGUCACUUGCAGUCGGAGGAGCAGCGUGCUCUCGCUCUGCAGGCGGGAGCUGUGUCUGCGAGUGAGGAGGAGCCCUCGCGCGGCCCCGCGGGCCACAAAAAGCCCGCAGGAAAGGCCGGCGCUGUGCUGGGGCUGGACGCUGGUGGCGACCACGUGGUGCUGCUGUCCGUGAUCCCCGGCGAGACCGAGGACAAGCUGAGCCCCGAGCCCAGCGGCGGCACCUGCGGGGCCCGAGGGGAGGAGGACUCGCGGUGCAGUCUCCGAGAGCACCUCUUCUCUCUGGACGGCGGGGGGGCCAGUUUCCAGGACAGAGAGGACGAGUAUUACUCAGAGCCGGAAGUGGCCGAAUCCGACCCGGCGCCACCCGAGGACGCCAAUAACACGGAGAGUCUCAAGUCCCCCAAGGUGAACUGCGAGGAGAGAAAUGUGACGGGACUAGAAAACUUCACUCUGAAAAUUUUAAAUAUGUCACAGGACCUUAUGGAUUUUCUAAACCCAAAUGGUAGUGACUGCACACUAGUCCUGUUUUACACCCCGUGGUGCCGAUUUUCUGCCAGUUUGGCCCCUCAUUUUAAUUCUCUGCCCCGGGCAUUUCCAGCUCUUCAUUUUUUGGCACUGGAUGCAUCUCAGCACAGCAGCCUUUCUACCAGGUUCGGCACCGUAGCUGUUCCUAACAUCUUAUUAUUUCAAGGAGCUAAACCAAUGGCUAGAUUUAAUCAUACAGACCGAACAUUGGAAACACUGAAAGUCUUCAUUUUUAACCAGACAGGUAUAGAAGCCAAGAAAAAUGUGGUGGUAACUCAAGCUGACCAAAUAGGCCCUCUUCCCAGCACUCUGAUAAAAAGUGUGGACUGGCUGCUUGUAUUUUCCUUAUUCUUUUUGAUUAGUUUUAUUAUGUAUGCUACCAUUCGAACUGAGAGCAUUCGGUGGCUAAUUCCAGGACAAGAGCAGGAACACGCGGAAUAGUGAUGGACUGAAAGGAGAAGUCGGAACAAGGAAUUUCAGAAAUCAAUGCUGCACUUUCUUACAUUUUCUCCAGUCAAGUGUAGACUUACAGCUUCAGUCAGAUUAAAAGAAUCAUGCAUUUGUUGAACUGUUGAAUGUGUUAAAAAAUUAUAAAUUGGUGUUUUAAUUAGUACCACAAAGAGCAAAUGCAAAAAUAUUCGAUAGAACUCACCAUUCUUGUUUUUACUAAUCCAAUAUUUUAAGGGAGUGAUCCAGUUUCAAAUGGGAGCGUGUUCAGGUGGAAUAGUGGAUAGAGUGACAGUUGGCUUCAUAGAAGGAAGAAGUAGGACUUUUCACAUUAUGGUUUUAGAAAAGUCUUGAUUCCUUAUAUAUGUUUAAGAAGGUUGGUUUCUGUUCAUUUGCAGUUUUUCUCUCAGAGCCUGUAAGUAGGAAAGUGUUCUGUUGUGGAAGAAGAACUAGAAUUGGCAAGUGUGACCUUCUGAGUAACUCGUGGGAAAAUAAAAGAGUCAAGUAC